AGUAAAUUGGAAGUGGAUACACCCUGUGGUGUACACAGCUAUCUUAGCAAGUGAUAAGGAAAUCGGAAGGACAAGUGGAUUGUGUUAAAUGGUAAGACUUCCUAUCCAGACAUUUCAGUGCUAAACAGGGACAAUGAGCUUCAUCAAAAUGGGAGUUCUCCGUUUUCUGUGGAUAAUUGCUUUCCUCAGCACUGUUUCAACAAGACACGCACACAGGAGGCCAAGGAAUAAUGAGGAGAAAGAAGGGCAAAAAUUACCAAAAGACUGCAGUGAGGUCAAUGGCUAUAUGGCAGAUGGGGUGUACGUUAUCCAACCCGAAGGCAUGCAUCCAUUAGUGGUAUAUUGUGAUAUGACUACAAACAGUGGAGGCUGGAUUGUUGUUCAGCGCAACAGCUUCAACACAGAGAUAACUUGGGACGAGUCCUGGAGCACCUAUAAGUAUGGUUUUGGGAAUGUGGAGAAGGACUAUUGGUUGGGGGCAGAAUACCUUCAUCAUAUCACCAAGCAAAAGGUGUAUCAGGUACGUUUUGUAAUCUUUGACCAAAACAAUGAAGAAAAGUAUGCUGACUACAACCUGUUCAGUGUAGAAGAUGAAGCUCAUGGUUACACAUUACGACUGGGCACGUACACAGGCACUGCAGGAGAUGCAAUGUCUUCUACACAGAGUGGGACCACACAUGACAAUAUGAAGUUCACAGCCAAGGACAAAGACCAGGACAUUUACAGUGCAAACUGUGCAGUUAGCUAUGGAGGUGCAUGGUGGUAUGCUGCAUGCUUUGCCUCUAAACUCAACAACAAAAAUGGUAUUCACUGGCAUGGACUGUGUACUGGGAACUGCAAAGGAUCUGCUGUUUUAAUACGGCCAGCAGAUUAUUGCAUCUAUCUUUGAGUUUAAAAAACACGCGCCAAAAACAUACAUUAUACCCAAUCAACAAGAAUGUGUAGCUAUAAAUAUGUAUAUAUAUAUAUAUGUACUUGCUAGGAGACUCGCUACUCACAUACAUCACACAGACCAUAACAUCGAAAUGGUAUUAUCAGGGCCGGACUGGAUAUGCGUUGUCGCAUGCUACGUUUUUAUGCUCACACAGCACGUGGCCAGGCAUAUCUAGCCACUGGCCGGGCAUAUCUAGCCACUAGCCGCACUGGAGCGGCAAAUCGGGUGAGGCUGUUCGAGCCUAAGUAUUAUAAUGCUUUGAGUGCUGGUUAUUUAUGCAAACGGCACUCAUCUCUCUGCCACAAAAAGUUAUUAACACGUGGCUGGUUAGAUGACAUCCCUAAUGAAGAGGUAGCAUGGAAAAGAAUGAUCAGGUUUCUUGUAACUAGUUAAUAUAACACAUAUUUUCACAUUCUCUAAAUUAUGGCAAAGCCAAUAGCGAGGAUUACAGUUUUUUUUACUUAUUGGGUUUUUUUCCAUUUGUAUUUCCCACAUGUGUCAUGUACCACCUCAAACUUUUUGAAUUACCUAAUAAAACUGAU